GCCAUUAGUCCCGGGAGUCCACCUAGCUAGACACAUGGGUAGAGAAGGGGCUCGAGGCCUCAUUUUUGGAGCUGUUGGGGGCCUUCCGCUUCCCCGCUGUAGACGGAACCUCCGUAUGAACUUCUCAUCCGUUCGGCGGCACCCUUCGUGAUCUCCGCUAUUCCGAUUCUUCUUUCCAAAUCGUAUGCCAGUGUGAAGAGUCCUGUGAGGGCAAGAGAGUAGCCUUCUGGUUCUCCCAGUGCGCUGUUGUUCAGGCAAAUUGUCUGUCGUUCUCACAGGAUGACUGCUCUUGGGCUGUCUCCCACAUUCGCUGUGUCUACCCAGGACCCCACCUGUCUGCAAGAGCCAGAAUUUCCUCUUUCUUCAAAAGACCAUUCCUGUCCUCAGAACUUGGACCUGUGUGCUUGUAGUGAUCUGGAGCCUCACAUACCAGCUGGGUUUGGUUCCCAGGAAUCAGUGACUUUCCAGGAUGUUGCUGUGGACUUCACUGAGAAGGAGUGGCCCCUGUUGGAUUCUUCCCAGAGAAAACUGUACAAGGAUGUGAUGCUGGAGAACUAUAGCAACCUCACUUCGCUGGGGUAUCAGGUUGGCAAGCCCAGCCUCAUUUCUCACCUGGAGCAAGAGGAAGAGCUGAGGAUCGAGGAGAGGGGCACCCAGCAAGGCCCUCGUCCAGAUUGGGAGACUCCAUCUAAAACCAAGUGGUCAAUUCUUAUGGAAGAUAUCUUUGGAAAGGAGACGUCCAGUGUUGUGACAAUGGAGGAAGCAUGUUCCAGAGACACUGAAUACUGUGAAGUUGGGAAAAACCCUCCACCUAGUCUCAAAGUUCUUCACUCCAAGUUCUCAUUACAGGAAAGAGCUCGUCUUGGAGAGAAGUCCACUGAAUAUGCUCACUUGUUUGAAGUCUUCAGCAUGGGUGCUCAUCUUACCCAGCCAAUGAGAAGGCAUACUGGCAAGAGGCCCUAUCACCGCCGCAACUAUGGGAUAGCUUUCAAGAGCAGACCACAGCUGACUCAACAUGUGAGCCUGUUUGACGGCAGAAAAAUGCAUGAAUGUCAUCAGUGCCAAAAAGCUUUCACCACAAGUGCUUCCCUCACCCGGCACAGGAGAAUACACACUGGGGAGAAACCCUAUGAAUGCACUGACUGUGGGAAAGCCUUCAAUGACCCUUCAGCCCUUAGAAGUCAUGCGAGGACUCACCUCAAAGAGAAGCCCUUUGACUGCAGUCAGUGUGGAAAUGCAUUCCGGACCCUUUCAGCCCUGAAGAUACACAUGAGAGUUCACACUGGUGAGAGGCCUUACAAAUGUGAUCAGUGUGGGAAGGCCUAUGGUAGGAGCUGCCACCUCAUUGCACACAAGAGAACACACACUGGAGAGAGGCCCUACGAGUGUCACGACUGUGGGAAAGCCUUCCAGCACCCCUCCCAUCUUAAAGAGCACGUCAGGAACCACACUGGGGAGAAACCCUAUGAGUGCAUGCAGUGUGGCAAAGCCUUCCGAUGGAAAUCUAAUUUUAAUUUGCACAAGAAGAACCACAUGGUAGAGAAAACCUAUGAAUGUAAGGAAUGUGGGAAAUCCUUCGGCGAUCUUGUGUCACGGAGGAAACACAUGAGAAUUCAUAUUGUCAAGAAGCCUGUUGAAUGCCGACAGUGUGGGAAAACCUUCAGGAACCAGUCUAUCCUGAAGACACACAUGAACUCUCACACUGGAGAGAAACCCUACGGGUGCGAUCUCUGUGGGAAAGCUUUCAGUGCAAGCUCAAACCUAACUGCACACAGGAAAAUUCACACUCAAGAGAGACGCUAUGAAUGCACGGCCUGUGGGAAGGUGUUUGGUGAUUACUUAUCCCGGAGGAGGCACAUGAGCAUUCAUCUUGUAAAGAAACGCGUGGAGUGUAGGCAGUGUGGGAAAGCCUUUAGAAACCAGUCGACCCUGAAGACACACAUGCGGAGUCACACAGGAGAGAAACCAUAUGAGUGUGAUCACUGUGGGAAAGCCUUCAGCAUAGGCUCUAACCUGAAUGUGCACAGGAGAAUCCACACUGGGGAGAAGCCCUAUGAAUGCCUGGUCUGUGGGAAAACCUUCAGUGACCACUCAUCCCUGAGGAGUCAUGUGAAAACUCACCGAGGAGAGAAGCUCUUUGUGUCACAAGUGUGGAAAAGACUCCAGUGAGCGAGCCUGCUUUAAUGUGAGCACUCAGACUGGAAAUGAGCCUUGUGCACGUGAGAAGGCAGAAAGCUUCUUAUGAGCUGUCACCUUGCUGGGCAUAAGAGAAUACACAUAGCUUGGGAGAAAUCCAGUUCCUGGAGAGACUAUGGAAAGACAAGUUGUUCUCAUCCCUUAGGAGAUUUGUGAGACUUUACUCUGGGGUAGAAAACAUACUUUGUAGUAUGGAGAAGCCUUCAGGGUGCAUUCUGCUUUUAAACAUAUGAGAACUUAGGGAACAGAAGCCCUGGCUUGGCAUCUAAUGUCAAGAUGACUAUAGCAUCACCUCUCACCUGGGCACAAGAGUUAACUGCACUGGGGAGAGUCUCUGUGAAUCUCUGCAGUGACUGGGGAAACUUUCCCUGGUCUCAUGCUCUUUUUAUCCAUGAGAGAAAUCACACUGAAGAGAGGAAUGUAGGAAAGUCACUAACACAGGUCACAGCAGACCAUGGUUUAUAUAGCUUGCAGACUGACAACAGUUCCAUUUGUAAAGAGGAAGAAUAAAUGACAGAGACCAUCUGUGGCCAACAAAACCUAUAAUACUAGCUAUCUGGCCCUUUGCAGAAAAGCAAUGUUGACCCUUGACCUACAGCAGUGGUUCCCAGUUGGGGAUGAUUUUGCUGUCCAGGGGUUACUUGGCAGUGUCCUUUGGAGACAUUUUUGAUUUAUUAGAACUGGAGGGGAGGUCAAAGAGGGAGGCAGGUGGUGCGGCAUGUAGCAAGAAGACAUCAGAGGUGCUGCUAAAUUUCCUACAACCUUUAGGACCUCCCACCCUCAAAGAAAGAAUUAUGUGCCCUCAAAUAUCACCAUUGCUGAGGUUGCAAAUAAUCACUGUUUUAUUUCUUAGAUUUUACCCACAGUAAUCCAUUUUUAUGAAUUCUUGUGAGCACUUAAAUAGGAGAAAGUUCUUUUCAAACUUAGACAAUAUAAUAGUGGUGAUAAUCCCUAUGUGGUUGUGACAUCAGCCUUGAUUGCCUCACUUGCUGUGCAUAUGAGAGUUCUUGAGAGACCCCAGUGGGAUUCUUCCAGUGGAUAUGAAAUUGCACUUAACCAAUCUUUCUUCAUGGAAACAGAGCCCGGCUCAUUAACUUUUAGUUUUUAUUUUUAAGUUUAUGUUCUUCCAAAUAACCUGCAUCACGAAAAGUCUGUAUAUAGCAUGUUUACUAGAGCCUCAUCCUCAAAACGUCUUAAUUUCCUUUGUGAUAA